UCCCUCCCCUCCCCUCCCCUCCUCGCCGCGGCCCGGCAGCCGCUCGGCGCCCCGACCCGCCGGCGGGGGCGGUGGGGCGCGAUCCCGUGAUCCGCGGCCUCUUGCGAACGGGAAGGGAUCGCCCCGGGCAGCAGGGGGGCAGCCUUGUCACCUGUCCCAGGCGUGGGCGGCAGAGCUUUUUGCAGAGAGAAGAAAGAUGGAAAGUAAUGCAGUUUUACUGGAAUCCAAGUCCUCUCCUAUCAACCUUCUGAACGAAAUGCAUCAGCUGCGUCUCCUGGGCCACCUCUGCGACGUGACCGUCAGUGUGGAGUAUCAAGGUGUCAGGGCAGAGUUUGUUGCUCACAAGGCUGUGUUGGCAGCAACAAGCAAAUUUUUUAAGGAGGUGUUCCUUAAUGAGAAGGGCGUGGAUGGCCCAAGGACCAACGUGUUCUUGAAUGAGGUCCAGGUUGCUGACUUUGCUUCAUUUCUUGAGUUUGUCUAUACCUCUAAGGUAGAGGUGGAAGAAGACAGAGUGCAGCGCAUGCUAGAAAUAGCUGAAAAGCUGAAGUGCUUGGAUCUCUCUGAAACCUGCUUUCAGUUAAAGAAACAAAUGCUUGAAUCAGUGCUGUUGGAGUUGCAAAACUUCUCUGAAUCUCAGAACUCUGAGGAAGAGAGCACUACCCAGCCAAGUGUUUUGCUGGAGUCCAAAGCAGCUGCUGUGGCAGAAGCUGACCAGGCAGACUGUCCUCUGCAUCCUCUGGAUUCCCCAGUAGACAGGCCCAGCUGUGGAAUGUCUCCUGAGGUGCCGGCUACCAAAUCAAAAGAGAAAAUGGACAAAAAGAAGGAAAUUAUGAAGCCUCCUUAUGCCAAAAUCAGAAGGGCAAGUGGGAGACUGGCUGGGAGGAAAGUAUUUGUGGAAAUUCCAAAGAAGAAAUACACGAGGCGUCUGAGAGAGCAGCAGAAGAGUGCUGAGAUUGCUGUUGAAGGAAACAAAUACCCUCAAGAUCAAGAUAUGUGUGAUAUGGAGAGAGAGGAGGAGCAAGCAGAGAACAACAUCAAACCUGAGAGUGAGGAGUGUGAUGGCAACUUUGAAUCGGAAGAAAACCUGAAAAAAUCUGAAGAGGAUAAAAAGAAACGAGGCAGUAACUUCAAGUGUAGCACAUGUGAGAAGGAAUUCCUGUAUAAGAAAAGUUUUCUCAAGCACAUAAAACACAACCACGGCAUUGCAGCCGAAAUAGUUUAUCGUUGUGAAACCUGCAGUCAGACCUUUGCCAACCGGUGCAACCUAAAAAGCCAUCAGCGCCAUGUCCACAGCGGCGAGCGUCACUUCCCUUGUGAGCUCUGCGGUAAGAAGUUCAAGAGGAAGAAGGACGUCAAGAGGCACAUUCUCCAGGUUCAUGAGGGUGGUGGGGAGCGUCAUCAGUGCCAGCAGUGUGGAAAGGGGUUGAGCUCCAAAACUGCCUUGAGGCUCCAUGAAAGGACGCAUACAGGCGACAAGCCUUAUGGGUGCACAGAGUGUGAGGCUAAAUUUUCUCAGCCUUCUGCACUUAAAACACACAUGAGAAUCCAUACUGGUGAAAAACCUUUUGUCUGUGAUGAAUGUGGUGCCAGGUUCACUCAGAAUCACAUGCUUAUCUAUCACAAACGAUGUCACACAGGAGAAAGACCUUUUAUGUGUGAAACCUGCGGGAAGAGUUUUGCCUCUAAGGAGUACUUGAAGCACCAUAACAGAAUCCAUACUGGAUCUAAACCAUUCAAAUGUGAAGUUUGCUUCAGAACAUUUGCACAAAGGAACUCUCUUUACCAGCAUAUAAAAGUUCACACAGGCGAGCGGCCCUAUUGCUGUGACCAGUGUGGGAAGCAGUUCACACAGCUGAAUGCGCUGCAGCGUCACCAUCGAAUUCACACUGGGGAGAAACCCUUCAUGUGCAAUGCCUGUGGGCGAACUUUCACUGACAAGUCCACCCUCCGACGGCACACUUCGAUACACGAUAAAAACACACCCUGGAAGUCCUUCCUUGUCAUUGUUGAAGGAGCCUCUAAGAACGACGAAGGUCACAAAACAGAGCUUCCUGAUGAAGAAUAUGACAUGUCACCUAAAAUACCAGAGAAGCUGCUGUCUUUCUCUGAGAACGGCCACUAUCAGAACUUGACUGCUGUCCCGGGGAGCGUGGCCGCGCUGCAUGACAAUGGUUCUGCCACAGGAACAGACUGUAAGUCAGAUGGGACUCCGGGACCUCAGGAAGCCCUUAUAGCCACCACUUUGAGUGAGCUGACAGUGCUGCACACACAGACAGACUCUAUUCAGCCACAGCUUCAUGCUCUGGUGAAUAUGGAAUAGUGUGGUGUUUACAAAUCCAGUUUAAGCUGCACCCUUUGUAUAGUCCUUUGACUUUGCCAAUAACCUACUGAGGGAACAAUGAAGCAGGGGUAAACAUGAAAGACAUGCACUGGAUUUCCAGAAUUUCCUCAAAAAAUCGUUAUCCACCUUCAAUGUGUACAGCUCCAUCUCUGGAAGGCAGGGCAGAGUCUCACCAUGCCCGAGUGGUUGUAGAGGUGGCAGUAGUCCCCAUUAAGUUUAUUCCCUAUGCAUAAAAGCUUGCAGUUCAGCUUACUCUCUCGCUGGCCUGCAGUGAAAGUAAGUACCUACAUUCAGAUAGGUUAUAAAGAAGCUGUGAGUUUGAUUUCCGGUUGAUUUGAUGUCACAUGUACAAUCAAAAGAAAUUAUCUUGUGUUUCCCAGCCUCGUAGCCUAGUGAAAUUUUGUUUUCCCUAGUGGAAAUGGAUACAUAAAAUGUUUUACCAAAUUGCUUUUCAGGAAAUAUUGGUUUAUCUCUGCUUUUGCCAAAGAUCCGAGCAGUGAGCCAGCUCGCUCCUUUGGAAUGAGUGGGAGCAAGUUGCAGAAAAAUCUAGAGUUUCAUUCCAGGAGUUUUGAUUCUCCAGUAGUAAAAUGGGCAGUGGGAGCCAAGUGCUGUGUCUGCGCAGGUAGUUGUAUUAUUUUUACACUUCAGUGGAACUUGGUCACAUUCGGUCAGAGUUGUCAUCUUAUGGCUCCAGCUUUGUUUGUAAAACCACCUCUGAAAAGCAGUACUUCAGCUGUGCUGGAAAAGCUGGUGUAGGACAGCUUCUUGGCAUUGUCCUGCUAACUGGUACCUAUCCAAGCUGUUUUCUGUUCAUCUAGAUUAGUCAGUGAUGCUCUUCUCCACUGUAACUCAAACAUUGCUGUUGCUCUGAACUGCAAACCUGCUUUUAAAUUAAGUAAUAACUCCUGUGGGAAAAUUUAAUUACUGUUCUGCUGUCAGGUCGCUACAGCUAAUUCCACCAGUGCAAGAGUCUCCAGAGACAAAUUCACUUACGAACAGGAGGCAGUCAGGGUUCAUAUGACUGAUGGCAUAAAGAGAUGCAAAUAAGUGAAAAAUGUGUAGGGCUGUUCAAGGGAUUUAGGUCUUCACUUUUCAGACUGAAUACCUUGUCUGUAAGACCGUGCUGGGGCCUGAGUGGCAGUUCUGGUCUGUUUAAGAGUCCCCGUGAAGUUUUGAGGCAGGCCUUACAAAUGUAAGGGAUGAACAAAUUUACAGUUCAAAGGCUUUAACUGAUUAGUGUUUGCUGCUGAAUUUUAGUAAGUAACCCUGGCAAUGCGCCUUUUUUUGGUUUGUUUUAAAUAAGAAAAUGUGACAAAGUGAGCAGAGGGAUCAAGGGUCCCCAGUAUUAUCACUGUUCAGCCCACGUUCCAGAGCUGGAGCUUCACACAGUCUGCUCCAACACCCACUGGGUUUGGAUCCCAGCACCACCCAUCACUAUGGGAAUCAUGCUUCUCUUUGGGCAUUUCUUACCAAGACAGCCAGAUCUUUCCUUGAUGUCUCCUCCCCUUCCCCAGGGGGUACAUCCCCUUGUUCUCUCCCCAGUCAUGUCCAGUAGCUGGGAAAGCUGUUGCAUAGGGAAACCUGAGAGAGUUUCUGUCCAGGGUAAACAUUUUGUGUGUUUCCUUUGCUAACACCACAGCUGGGCUGGCAUGAGAAAGUUAAGUUGGUUGACCUCACAUUAACCUCACAGGAAUGCUUGGGAGGAUUUGGAAUAGUUUCCCUGUGCAGGGAAAAAAACCUUUGAAGUAGUCGCCACUGACA